AUGUGUAUUAAGUAUAUAAAUAUUAUUAAGAUUAUGAAGAAUAUUAAUAUUAAUGAAAAUAGUGUAUAUUGCUAUAGGAGGUACUAUAGAAAGUGUAAUGAACUUAUGAAUAAUUCGCUUAAUGUUAAAUGUGAUAUGAGGGAAAAUGAGAAAUUAAAUAAAAAUAAAUUUCCACGUCUUUUAGUAUCUUAUUUUUAUGUUUUAAGUAUAGUUGGAAUAAUAUAUUGUUUAUUAUUUAAUAUCCAUACACAUGAUAAUAAAGAUGAGGGCUUAGUAACAACAUUGUGUAUUGAUUCAAGAUGUUUAUCAGAAGGCUACCUCAACCUUUAUUCUCCUUUAUGUAGCAACAAUGCAUAUUUUAGCUUUAGAGAAGUAUUACAUGGAUCAAAUUACUAUAUCCCAAAAGAAUUUAUGGAAUGGGAUGAUGAAGAAGAAAAAAAUGCCUUUCAAUUUGAUGAAGAAGAUGAUGGCGAUGGCGAUGGCGAUGACGAUGACGAUGAUGAUGACAAUGAUGAUGAUUAUGAUGAUGAGGAGGAAGAAGAAGAAUAUAUGAAAAAAAAGAAUCAGAAAAAUGUACCAACUAAGAUUGACAUGAAAAAACCGAACAACAUUAAUAAAGCUAGUGAUAAUAAAAAUGGUCAUAUUAAAAAUAAUAUCCAACGAGAAGAAAAAAACAAGAAUAUUACGAAUCAAAAAAGCGACGCUAAUAAUAAAAUUGAUGAAAAUAAAAAAAAUGUAGAAGAAGAAGAAAAACAUAAAAAGGAAAAUAAUCGAAAUGAGAAAGAAAAUAAUGAUAAUAAUGAAAAUAAAAAAGAGAAAAAAAAUGGAAAAGAAAAUCAAGGAAAUAAUAAAGAUUUACCUGCAUAUAAAACAAUAGACUAUAAUAAUUUGUCUGUUCAAAUUUCCUUAGAAGAUUUUCAAGCAAUAUUAAAUUCCUUGGACUCAGUUUUAAGCACAAAGGAAAUGCAUAAUUUAUGGAAUCAAUUAAGAGGAUUAGAAAGAUUUUUAUUUGAGGACAUCGUGAGUGAUUUAUUUACAUAUUAUCAUGAUUUAUUAGAGACGUAUAAUUUAACCGUAGAAGAAACUGAACAUAUCUGGAAAAAUUGUCUUAGUGAUGCCCAACAUAGGCAAAGUUAUGCUGAAACGCAAUGUAAUGUAGAUCAUAGUAAUUUUAUUAGGAAGAAAAAUUUGACUCAAGAAGCAUAUAAAAAUUAUCUAACUCAACGUAGGGAGGAGUUUUCAAAAUUAAGGGAGGAAAUUCAUUAUAAGGGUGAGACAUAUCUAAACGAACAAAUUACUAAAUAUAGGAAAGAAAAAAAUAAUAAUUUAGAUCAAGCAAGCAAGAAAAAUAAAAAGGAAAAUGAAAAGGAAAAGGAAAGAAAAAGAAAAGAAAAGGAAAAAGAAAAAAAAAAAAAACAAAAGGAACAAGAAAACAAAAAGAAGGAAAAUAAAAGUAAAACUUUGAAAUGA